AAUGGAUGACAUUUUAAGUACAAUAAUUUGAUACAUUUCUUUCCUUUACUACAGUAAUUUUCUUCAAAUGCUUUCUUUAAUAUAAAUUAAUUUUUGCUUAUUAUUAAGAGUUGUGUUUUAUUUAAUUUAGACGAAACACAGUAAUUUUUUUUUAGAUUAAGUAUUGUACACCUCUUAAUUUUAUAUAAGAAUAACUCGACAGAUGUCCAUUUACAGAGUUACGUUUAUGUGACAUCUUUUCGGUUAUACAAUUAUUAGAAUAUAUUAGCGAAGGUUCACUAAAUAUAUAUUAGGAGCACCUCGUAUUACUGCCAUUUUUAAAAUACAUCGGAUAAGUAGUAAACAUCAACGACGGACGGUAGGUCGCACAUUUGAUUAAACGCACAUGCGCAUAGAAAUGAAUUUGUCAAAUGAAUCAAGCGUAUUAUUUGCUUUCUUCUUCUUUGUGAUAUUAAGAGUGUUUUUAAAUGAUAAUAGUGCUUAGAAUUAUGUACGAUACAUCAUAAGCAUCCUUUUUCGACGGCUGAUAUGCUUCUUCCGUAAUUCACUGUACCGAUCAUUCUGAAUAUCAUUUGCUCUGAAACCGCUGUUACAUGUGUAAAAGUGCUCGAGAAUAUCAAAGUACGCGUCAUUGAGUUCGUUAACACAGAUUUUUAGGCGGCUAAGUUAGAUUCUUUUCACUUCAAGAAAUUUAAAGUGAUACGUAAGCUAUUUCCUUUUAUUCGAUAUUAAAAGGUUAAACAAAAAACAACGAAUUAAUCGUUUUUUUAUAUUUCUACGCAAGUAACUCAUAUAUUAAUAAUUAUAUAUAACAAGAUAUAAGAUAACCUCUGACGAAUUGUAACAAUACAUUCAUCUUGAUGUGAUUCGAUUCCAGUAUCUAUUAAAAGUUUGAAUUACAGGUACAGUGGUUUCCUUCUAAACACAAUUCUUAGUACAAAAUUCAAUAUGGUGCGUGUUAUUACUGUGCACAAUUUUUUGGGGCAAAACAUCACCCAAAUUGAGGAACCAACUGCAAGCUGCACAGCAAAUGCAUCUGGACAUGAAAUGCUUCUUUUAGCACUUUCAACACAUUGUGUUGAAGUGUGGGAAUUGAUGUUGUCUGAUAUUAAAUUACACACUGUAUUCCCAACAGUUGAUACAAUUAAUCAAAUGGUACAUUGUGCCAAAGGAGACUAUGUUGUGACAUUAGAAUCAAAAUAUGGUAGAGAUGCAAGUGUUAAUAACCAGGUUGGAAAAGUAACUAAUAAUUUUGUUAGAAUUUAUGUCAACUGGGCUUUAGUGAAAGACCAAAAUCAACCUAUGCGUGCUAGAAUAGCAGGACGUGUUACUCCAACUUUAAAUCGACCACUGAAUAGUUUAGAAAUGAUAGAAUUGCCAUUAAGUAUACAGCCUACAUUAAUUGCUUGCUGUCAAAGUACUGGUAAUCUUCUAGUAGCUUCAGGAAAUAGUGCUAUUCUCCAUGAAUUCAAAGUUGAAACUCAACAAGUGUCAAAGAUGAAAUUCAUAGAUUUUGAAGCAAGACCAUGGUCUUUAGGAUUCUCAUUUUCUCCUACACGCAUGGAAAUUGUUGAAGACUUUAUAUCAGUCAUGGAUAAAUCAAAUUUAUCUGUUUUUCGCUUGACUAAUUCAAUGUAUGAAGAUAUCGAUCAACUUAGUUCUCUAACUUCUACAAAUUCUUCUUCCAUUGACAAAACAUCUAUAUCUACUGACUCCUCACUUGUAGAAAAUAGUAGUAAUAUGGGAAAUCAAGAGGAUAGCACAGUGUUGCAAACAUCAAACUCAAAACGUAGAAGUUCUACUCAGGAUCUUCAUUUUGUUGCAUCAGCGAAUAAUGAUACUAUUGGAGUAAACACAAAAUCCAAAAGUAACAGACGUAAAAACUCCAAAACGAAUAUAUGGUGUAAAUUAGAAACAGGAGACUUCAACAAAAUAAAAUCUAACAACAAUAAAGGUAUCAUAGAUCUGGAUCGUUUAGUACACAAUGAAAGGGAAGAAUUGCAGAGAUUAAUUACUCAAGAAGUUAUCGACGGAAAUUCACAACCAUUGACUAUCAAUUUUCCAUCAAUAAGUUUAGAAAGAGCAGGACCAGGGCAUACUUUAAGCCCUUUUAUAUUGAAUCCACCAGAUAUAAGAAUCAUAAUUAAAACAAAUUCUCCUGACUUAGGGUGGUCAGAAAACUAUACAAUAAAAAAUUUAUUAUCUCUUAAAAUAGUGGCAACUAAUAAUAAUCCAAAACUCGAUGGAAAUUCUGAGCUAUUUAGUUGCUUGUUACUGAAACCAUUAUAUAUGAGGAAGGAAUGCAACAGUUCUUGUUUAAAAAAGUCAAUCCUUAGAUCAGACAAAUACAGGUACUUACAAGGUGUAAGCUGUUUCCUAUGUACAUUACAAGAAGGAUAUCUUUAUCACUUCUUAGCUACUAGUACAAAUCCUACAGAUGCAACCUGUUUAACUACUUAUCCAUUUACUGCGGCUGUUAAUCAUGUAGCAUUGGAGAACACUGCUCUUCACGCAUUAACGGAAGCUGGUCUCGAAUCUUACACAUUACGUUUGUCCCAUCACAUCGCUAGAACGUCAAACAAUAUAGAUAAUUUUCAAGUAACAUGUCCUAGUGUCUCUGAACCUGUUUGCUUAAUCGGUUUACGACCGUUUCUGGGGAUACAGAAAUUAUUACAUAGCAAAAGCUACUUACUUCUCUUAGCUAAAGCCGAGAAUUCGUGGACAUUGUAUUCCUUAAUUUUACCUAAACUGGAGAACUUAUAUUACGACAUUUUAAAUGCAGCGAGAAGUCACAAAUCUUCUAGCCCCAGUACUUACAGACAUUUAUUGGGAGAAGCCCAUGCUUUGAUACGUCUAGCGAAGGACACCGCUUACAAUUGCUCAGACAUUGAUGAAUCUGAUGAUGCAGCAAAUGAAAACGGACUGAAAUUGAAAAACUUGUACAAUCAAUCAUGUGCAUUACUUGCGGAUUAUUAUAUUCGGUCGGAAUAUGAAUCUGAUUGGGAUCGUUGUAUACCCUAUUACAAGAUGUCAGGGCUGAAGUUCUCGGAAGUAUUGUCCAGAAAAUCUAGUCAAGACGCACCAGGACUUGUUACGUUUCUAACGGAUAUACUUUUGACAUUAAAAAGCGGUUCGGAAGCAGACGCUUUGUUUCAAGGAUUUAAUAUCGUAGAAAUGAUCUGUAAACUAAAAAAAGGGGACUUAUUGAUAUUGAUUUUCGGUAGCCCUGUGCUGCGAGAAUACACCACAGAAAAAUUGAUACAUCUUUUACUAUCAUACGAAACUGACGAGUUAGUUAAGUUAGCUUUAGCUCUUUUGUACAUCCAAGCUGAGAAACAAGAACAAGCAGAAAAAAUACUUGAACCAGUCUCGGCGCAAUGUAUCAAAAAGGUAGUAGUCGAACAUUGGGACGUGUUAUUCGACAUGACAGCGAUGAGAAAGAGAACUCCAAUGAUCCCAACGUUCUCUGAUUUCGCUGGGACAUUGAUGCGUUUAAAGAAUUCGACUUUUGCUGAUAUUUUGAUACAAAUAGUAGAGGAUGAUGGAGUUUUAUCUCUUCAUCAAAUUAUACAAGUGUUUUUGGAGUACCUACCCUCUAGGGUAGGUCGGGAUGGACACAAUGCAGCAAUGGCAUUGCAAGUUUUCCUCGAGAAGUAUCUUCAUAAUUACGUCAGUACAAAAUUAAUCACAGAUUCGUCCGUUAUAAAUAAAAAUCAAAUACGCACGGAUUUUGCUUUAGUCGAGGCAUUCAAACUUCUGGUACGAUCGUAUCUAGGUAAAUUGUCUCAAACUAAAGUGUACAAAAUAGAGAAUAAAGAAAACAUAGACGAAAAUUAUACGAACUUCAUAUUCUCGAAGUUUAGACCUGAUUAUUUAGAUAGAAUGCCUCCAUAUGCUAAAGAUUAUCAAAAGAUAUUGAAUGCAAAUUAUCUCAAGGAUAUAGGUAACAUAGAAAAAACUGAUGCUGAGAAAACUAUACCUGCAGAGUUGUUUAAAUUACAAUUAUUAUUAUCCUGCGAUUUUGUUCCAAAUGAAUGCUUGCUCGAAGUGAAGCAAUUUCUUGAAACACAGGAAAUUGAUGGCAGUUUAUCUUUAAAAACGUUAUGCAUUCAGAAUACGGAAGAAGUGACAAGUAUGCUCAUGGAGAACUGCCCUCAAGCUGUUAUGCAGUAUGCAAAGGAUGUUUAUACUAAAGAAUCUGAAUGGAAAUAUUUAAUCGAAUUAACACAAAAUAAGAUUUCUACGUCGAAUACGCGGCAAGAUUUGCAAUGUUUAUAUACACAAAUUAUGAAAGAAAUUCUCAAUUACUUACCACACGUACUGUCCUUAGACAGUUUACGUUGUGUUCUUCCAAAAGACGACAUCAUAGCAUUCCAAAAAUGCACUGAAAUGUGCACACAGAUUAUGCAUGCGGAACACGUUAAAUCCUUAAUAAUGGAAACUGGGCAGCAACUUCUGACAACUCUAAAAUUAUGAGCAACUGUCUUAACUAAUUAAUUGCAUCGUUAUAUGACGAUAGUAUAGGUCCAAUUCAUUUCAUCCCCUAAGGAAAAACUGUAUAUUUUGAAUACAACACAACCAGCUGUGUUGUAUGCAAAUUAUAUAGAGGGGAGAAAUUCAGAACAAAUUAUAUUUAGACGAAUUUGUUAAGAACAAUAAUUAAUUCUUCAUGUGAUACGACUUUUGCGAACUUUUAAUAAUCGCAAUUUAAUGCUUAAUGAAAAUUAUUUGACAUUUAAUAUAGUUGAUGCAUUACCUAUGGUUCUUUCAAACCACCAGCCUAUUUCUUUAUAAAAAGUACAUUUGUAUUGCCGUCAAUUUUUUGAAUAUCAAUUUCACUUUUCUGAGUGUCUUUUAAUUGAAGGUAAUGAUAAAAUCGCAAAUAAUUAUUGUCGAAUGCACAAUUUCGUAAUCACAGAAAUAUCUAGUCAUUUAAAUAGAUCUUAUAAAGUGCACAUUUCUUUAAUUAAAUUAAUUAAAGUAUUCAAUUUUCGUUACAAUAAUUACAAUGACGCACAAACUUUUUAUGAACAAAGUUUUAUCAAAAGAAUGUCAAAAAUCGGAGACAAAUACUGUAGAUAAAAUUAAUUCAUCUAUAAUCAAUUGUUGAGAUGUUCUAUAUAGAUAUAUUGUAUUAUGUCUAGACGUAUGUUAUCUUUCCCUUAGCCAGUGGAAUAAUGAAAUCGUAAUUAAUACAUAGAAAUUUAUACAGAAUCAGUAUAUACAACUUAAAACUUUAGAGCAGUGGUUUCCAAAGUUUUUUAAAGGCGCUCCCUAAAAAAAUUCUGUGUUGACAUAAGUGUAUACACAUUUAAAAUAAUACAACAAAAAUAUACUUCUGUAUUCGUUAACUUCCAAUGAUCAGUGCAUUAAUAGAAAGAAAUGAUUAAUAAGUUUACAUUUUUCCACAUUUACAAUUUUGUUUAGCGCCCUCUACUUUGUGAAACACUGAUUUACGGUGUUAAAUAUAAUGUUUAACAUAAUAGAUUGCUUUAUAUAUUGAAUUAAGAAAUUCUGUAAUGUGAUCGUGUAUUUUUGACCGUUUCUACAAAUUUGUUAAAAGUUGUUUAUAUUUUAACCGCUAGGGGCGGGAUGGCAUGUGUUUAGGAAAACACUUAGUGUGAAGAUGAUUAUUUUCUAUUGACUUCGUUGAUCCUAUAAUGUAGUAUUUUCAUCACUCUUUGAAUGUUACGAAAUAUGUAACUUUGAUGUGCCUUUAGGACUAAUUUCUCUUUGUUAUAAAUCUAAUAUUUAUCUAAUUCUGUUAGAAGUGAUCUACGAUAUUUAUAAAUCUUAAUAGAAAUAAUAUACCUGUAACUCGUA